AUGGACAAGGGAAGCAAAAAGUACCAAAAAGAAGAAGCGAAAGUCAAAGACAUGUCCCGCGAACUCCAGUCCACGAAGCUGGGGUCGAUGUUUGCGAUGAUGCUUGUGUUUGGUACGAUCGUGUCAACUGUUUCGUCGAUCUACGAGGGCCAGAGCGUCGCCGAGCUGCCAUUUGAGCCGAUCUGGUUUUUCAAGUCGUUCGCGCAAAGAGGACUCAUCAACCCGAAGCCAACUGACUGCAGCUUCAUCUUCAUCUACAUUUUGUCGACGAUGUCUGUCAGACAGCCGAUUCAAAAGCUGCUCGGCUUCGCUCCUUCGCGGGCGGCUUCGAAACUUUCCAACGCUGGAAUGCAGCCAGCUUCCUUUACCGACGCCAAGAAUACUUACGGCUCCGGCGCCUAUUAA